GCCACAAAACACCUCAGUCCAGUUUUUGUUUGGUUUUCGUUUGGUUUUCAAGCCAGUUGACCCGCUUUGGGAUCACUACACCUCCAAAUCACAACAACGCGCACACAUACACACACUAUAAAUCACCAAUGGAUCGCUUUGUCACUGGUGGCGCUGCCGGCAUGCUCGCAACCUGCGUCGUUCAGCCACUCGACUUGAUCAAGACGCGAUUGCAGCUCGCCACAAAGAGCACUGAGGCUGCAACUGCGACGUUUGCAAAGCCGCCAGCCAUCAACCCAGUCGUCCCGGGCAAGCCAAAUUUCGUCAAUGUGACAUCGGCCGUCUUGCGCAACGAAGGCGUCCUUGCAUUGUACUCUGGCCUUUCUGCAGCCUUGUUCCGCCAGCUGACUUACACCUCGUCGCGCCUGGGCGUUUACUCGGUCGUGAAUGAGAAGCUGCAGCAGCGAGCCAAGCAACAUGCUGCCGCAACGGGCGCCACCAAGUCCGCCGUCCCGUUCUAUCAGCUCGUCGGGGCCGGCAUGUUUGCUGGUGCCGUCGGUGCGGUUGUUGGCACGCCGGCCGAGGUUGCGCUGGUGCGCAUGACCUCCGAUGGCCGACUGCCUGUCGCACAGCGCCGCAACUACAAGAAUGUCUUGCAUGCCCUUGUGCGCAUUGUCCGCGAGGAGGGCGUCUUGACCCUCUGGCGCGGAUGCGGCCCGACCGUUUCGCGCGCCAUGCUCCUGAACGCGGCCCAGCUCUCCACCUACUCGUUCUCCAAGGACCUUCUGCUGCGAUCCGGCCACUUUUCCGAUAACGUCUACUGCCACAUGGCUGCAUCCUUGAGUGCUGGUUUCUUUGCCACUGCCGUCUCUCUCCCCGCCGACAUUGCCAAGACGCGCAUCCAGGACAUGAAGGCUGGCGAGUACAAAAACUCGGUCGACUGUCUCCUCAAGCUCGUUCGCAAGGAUGGCAUCAUGAGUCCCUGGCGCGGAUUCAACGUGUUCUUUGCCCGCAUUGGCUCGCACACGGUGCUGACAUUCAUUCUUCUCGAGCAAAUCACUCAGUUGGUCAAGAAGAUGUAAUAGCAAGGAGCAUCGGGGCAGGGAAAACCGCAUGUUUCGUGUACAUAAAUGUAAAAUACAAGAUUUAGAACGAUAAA